GCCGCACGGAGCGCACGAAAAGGGGAGCGCAAUGCUGGUGGCGGCGCGAGCCAUGUCCCUGGUGCAUGUCGGGCUCCUUCUGCUCUGGUGCGUCACCUCAAUGCAGACCACAGGCGUCGCCGUCGCAACGCCCAUUCUGGGAAAGCAAUACCUCAUUCAAAAUCCCAAUCCUUAUUUCCGGUUAGAGCAUCCAAGGUCCGGGGGUGACUGCAUAUUCCAGAAGUCAGUAGAGGGAGAGUACACAUUCGUCUCGACGGGCAGCGACGCAGUGUGUGCCCUGUACGUCAUCGCAGACCCUGAGUACGUGGUAGAGUUCGAGACACUGCGCUUCGACGUCAGCUGCACCAAGGGAGGCCUACUCACGGUGUUUGAUGGCUGGGAGAACAACGGCGAGUAUUUUCCGAGCCAGGAAGACCACCCGAAGUCGAUGGACCAGCGGUUCUCGGAGUUCUGCGGACCCAUCAAGCCCUGGAAGCCAUUCGUCACGUCGCAGAACGUCGGAAUAGUGCUCUUCAGGGUGCCCACACGUGGGAACUACUUCUCCGUCCUCGUAUCGUUUAGGAAAAACCCAAAGCCCUGUAACGUAAUGCUGCUUCCGCUGUCAGACAGCCCCAUUUACACGCUACGCAACUACGGCCGACGACUGAACUGCAGUGCCGCAUUCAUCUACCCCAUGAACUUUCGUAUCCUCGCCACCAGCAUCGGCUCGCAGUCGCUCCACGGAACCGGAAACGUCGAGUUCGAGACAGGGCUCAUCACAAAGUGCAGGAAACGCGGCGUGCGAGAUUACGCCGAAUUCAUGGGUGGUACUGGCCUGGGCAUGGAUGGCAUGAUGGUCAUACAAGAUGUAUGCGGCCUUGACUCGCUUCCAAGUAAGAAAGCCAUAGGGAUUCCGUGCGGAACGACUGCCGUUCGUCUGGUGUCCACCGGCAGCUUUGAGGACUCCAUCACUUUCGGUUACGAGCCCAUCAUCGAGAGAGAGCGCGUGCGUCUGUGUUCCAAGGCACUGAUGACGGUGUGACGAUGCCGGCCUAUGACAGAGGGAAGAUGGACAACUGCUCGAGAUGGACAAUGUACACGUCCUGAGGCGCAACUGCACCGGGAAGAAACCGGAGAAGGAAAAAAAAUACAAUGCCUGCGACAUCGUUCUAAGCAACGUCUCGAAGUUCCUUUUGCGCUUAAGUUACUAGGCUUACGUCUUGUGACCUCGUUUGUUCGAAGAGAAUGUAAAUAAUCCUGCUUUUUUUGGGGUGUUUUGUUGUCUGUUUCCUUUUCGUCAGCUUCAGAAGACAGACUAUUUACAACAACCCUGCGCAGUUAAACAUACAUGUACUCGUUCGCAGAGCGAUCAGUGCCCAUUUAAGCUCAUACUAAGAUUCGAUUCAGAAACAGAACUUGGGAAAUUUUCAUGAAAGUUUUGUCAAUGUUUUGCAUGCUCAACUCGCUUAAUUGAUAGCAUCUUCAGUUUGCUAUGUAAGCAAACUGAUAACUUGGGGUGAUGGUGUACGGUGUCCUUUAGGCACAUACAACAGGGAUGGUCAGAAAGCCCCAAAUUAUCUUGCCGUAAACUGAUGAACACGGAGUGCCAAUUCAUGCCAAGGUAGCCUGUUUUUCACUCGUUAUAGGCGUUUUUGACAAAGGUGAAAAUGCAGAACGAAAAUUUUUCGUAUGCACUAUAUGAGCCAUGUAUCGACAAAAACAAUUCACUACUUCGGCUGCUCGUUCUGUCGCUAUUGAAUGUGCCUAUGUUCUUUGUCAUUUUUAGGCAUACAGUAAAAAAAUGCUUCAACGUUUUAAAAAAAGUGCCGACAAGAUGUUUCAAGGUAUCUUGAAGGCACGAUAUCAGAAUAGAUGCUUAAAAUAUCCAAUUUGUCUACAUUUUGAAUAGAUUACUUGUACGUUGAUCUAUGUACACGCAGUAAGGUCUUCAACAGCUCAAAUAGGGCAAAGAAAACAUGAUGGCAAGAUGUUAGCCUCGAGAGAAAGAAGGCCCGUUCGCUCAAACUGAGCCCAAGAACAAAGAAAGUAAGGCGAAUUGUCUUUGUUUUGAGCAUGAUCACAUGUGAUGCCUCACUGCUCUAAAAGUCAUGUGACAUAAACAACUCACGUAUGUUUCUUCGCAAGGUUUUGGAAGUAAUACCGUGUGAUAGGCUAGCUUACAAAAUAGUGCACCUCUCAAUGAACCCCUCGCGCUGUUGACGUGAACACUAAAUUCCUGGAAAGGUGCAGUCAUUUGUGCAUUGCUUAAGAGCGUAGGACAUGAAUGACAUUAACAGACACAUAAAUAGAGUGAUGUUAUUAAAAUUCCUGUUCCGUGGCUUUAAACUUUGCCCAAAUAGCUAAACGAUGCCUUUCUACCAGCUAGCCUAAACCAGUUCUAUAGAAAGUUAUGAAAGAUUGUGAAUCUAACCGCCAAACGCUGUACUUCCUGUCCUAAAUGUUUGUAGGUUUUAUGUUUACUUUUGCUUCGUUACUUCUAAUCAUUUUGCCUGAAAGAUGAGUUCUCUUCAGCAUGACUACACCUUCCAAUCGUGUGGCUAAUGCUCUUUAGUGCAUUUUUUUGUUACAUUGCGAGCAUAACGAUGACGGCGAAACAGCAUAAAUGAAUGAACGACACUCAAUCCUCGGAUGUAUGAGAGGUUGACAUCAAACAUCGCAUGACGCUCAUCUGACCCGCCGGAUAACACUACUAAAUGACGACCAAAACUGCUAAUUUACACAACGUGAAGGAAGUUUGAUUGCGAAACCAUAGAAGCCAAAUAGAACACAAGAUUAUUCCCACGGAAACAAUAACUUCAAACACCGACAGAGCUGGAAAUUACGUUUGGUGGUGUCCGAGCACUGUACGAAUGAAAAAAAUUCCCCAUUUUUUAAGCACGACAAUCAUAACCGGGGUUCUUUUCUGAACCAUGAAUCCAGAGUCCAGAAAUGGUUCGUUUUUAGAUGAUCAACCAUUAGUAUUUCAUCUCUCACUUGUGUUGGUUUGAUCUGUGCUCGACGAUACUUACGAAAUGAAGUUGAGAGCCGCAUAGCGCAUGCGAAGAUCUGAGAUUUCUUCAGACCUCAGGGACUGUUACUUGGUUAGGCUAGGCUGUUUUGCUUUAUUUUUUUUUUCCACAGCAGCGAAGGAGUCUAGUAGCCUCCUCAGUCUAUGGUUAGUUCAAUUACAGCAGCUGCUAUGAUAUAAACUACAUAAUGUUUUGAAUGAUUUGUCGUAGAGCUUGACGCGAUCGUUCUGCAGUAUGGUAGCCACGAAUCUGGCCAAAAUAACUGGACAAAAGACCGAAAGAAAGUAACUUUACGUAUUUUUUGGCCUCCUUUAUAUUUCCUAAUAAAAGUGAUCCAAUUACGGAGUCUACGCAUCACGAACGCUACUACAAUUUGUAUUAGAAGAAUAUGUUAAAUUCAACGCGUCAAUAGUCUACGCCCACGGACAGUUUUUUUUUCGUGAUCAUCUGAGCUCAGCGUCCACGUCAAGUGAGCCGACAUGUCCAAAGGCCGCGUUGUGUCGAAAUCAGCGUUUAUACGCUCAUCGCCUCGCUCAACAUCGACGUAGAAUCACGCAAAUUACAGAAACUAGCAGAGGCGCUAGUGCCUAGACUUGUCCGGUAUCGGUAGCUUAGGUGACUUUGCUCGAAAUUGAUGCCAUUCUCACGCAAAGAGAGCCGAUGUUUGCGCAUUAAGUUGUUCCAAACCCUCCCUGUAAUAUAGUGGUAAGGUCAUUGCUCGAGUGAACCAAUCCGCAUGCUCCACCGUUUUUGGAGGGUUGCCAUUGGCUCGCCCCAUUCAACCAUUUUUGCGGCGCUGGAAACGCGGUGUAUUCAAAGCGGGCGACCAAAGCUACACUGCGACUAAGAUCAGCGGAAUCAUAUAUGACUGUUGGUGUUUCUGCUGGCAUGACCGGCAGAUGGAUGCACAUUUAGCGUUAAGAAAGCAAGUCCUAAUAGCGCGUUCAUUUUUAUUUGCUUGUUUGUUUUCUCGAAGCGUGUGUUAAAACGAACCACACAUUCGCGAGCACCUGCAUCAGUUCGAUUCACGGGAACGGGGAAACCCGCGCUCAAUCGGGGCGCGCUACCGUUAAGUGGUGACUGCCGAUGGGGUGAAACGCCGUGUAUCCAUGCCUAUGAAUACCUGUGCAAGUCACGUGUUGUUGGUGACGUUUGGGCUUGUACUUAUGUUUUCCGUAAAAAUGACGCGAAAGACAAGAGAGAUGAUGGGAGAGAGGGCGACGAAAUAUACUCUGUUCCUGUUGUGUGUCCCCUUUGCUCCUUUUAUUCAUGCACAGCGAGUGUUCACAGCGCACCG